CCCAUUAAAAUAGUUCAAAUUGGAGGGUCUUUUUGUUAUUGCAAUGGGCUCAAAAGAACUCCCCUUGGCCUUCUCUCACUCUCCAGUCUUCACAGUUCGCAGUUGUUUCUUCCAGUCUAUAAGCUACCCUUACCCUUCUGUAUAUAUCAAAGCACAAACAGAAUUAAAAAUCUUUCUUCUGCUACUUCUUCUGUGGUGCAGAAAGAAUUCAAACCGGACGGUCUCCUCCAAUUCUAGCUAUGGUUCCAUUCGCACCCUCCAUAUCUAAAGGUAGGUCCUUUGCAAUUUUACCAGCUACAUGAUUCUUCAAGAACCCAUUUUUAAUAUCUCAAUUUUCCAGAAGGAAAAUCUUUUUGUUCACAUAUACGAGUACUUAAUCUGAUUAGGUUUCUCACCUUAGCAUUACAUUCUUAAUUCUGCAUUUUAGCUUGCUCACCCUUUCUUCUGUUGUAUUCUCAAAGCAAGUUUAGAGUGUCUUCUAAAAUUGUGCACUUUGUUGAGGAAUUUAGUGUCUAAAUCUGAGAAAACCUGGUAAAAAUAGUUGCUUUUGAGCAAUACCCAUCUCCUAAAAUGUCUAGAAUUCUCUGUGGGUUGAACCAGAAAGAUGGUAAUUUGGUAUACCCACCACCUUCCUCAUUUUCAGUUCCUUCUGUUAGCGUUAACAAUGGACAGGAAUUGUCCCCUUCUUCAUCAUCAUCAUCAUCAUCAUCAUCAUCAUCAUCUCUUAGCAAUAUCAGCCCAGUACUUCUUUUGGUUAUAGUAAUUCUAGCUGUUAUCUUUUUCAUCUCUGGCCUUGUUCAUUUGCUUGUAAGAUUUCUCAUAAAGAGGUCAUCUUCCUCAAUCUUUCAAUCCAAUAGAUACCCAGAAACCUCUGGGUCUCGUGCUAUUCAAAGGCAGCUUCAACAGCUCUUUCGGUUACAUGACGCGGGCCUAGAUCAAACUGCCAUAGAUUCUCUACCUGUGUUCUACUGCAAAGACAUUAUUGGUUCAAAAGAGCCAUUUGAUUGUGCUGUUUGUCUCUGUGAAUUUUCUGACCAGGACAAGCUGAGAUUGCUCCCUAAUUGUGGUCAUGCUUUUCACAUUGAUUGUAUUGACACUUGGCUCCUCUCAAAUUCAACAUGCCCCCUUUGUAGAGGGACCCUUUUGAGCUCUGGGUUUUUCUUGGAAAAUCCAGUGUUCAAUUUUGAUGAUGCUAGGGAAAUGUCAAAUAGGUUCGUUAGUGAGGGAGAGAACAUGUGUUCAAGUGGUCAGAAACAUUUGACUAUGGAGGAAGCUGCUGGGGAAAAGAGGGUCUUUUCUGUAAGACUUGGAAAGUUCAGAAGCUUAAAUGAAGGAGUAGAAAGUGGAGGGAGAGUGGGAGAAACCAGUAGCUGUAAUUUGGAUGCUAGGAGAUGUUACUCAAUGGGUACAUAUCAAUAUGUGGUUGGUGACUCAAAUCUGCAAGUGGCCUUGUCCCAUGAUUGUAGUGGAGAUAGUGAUGCCAAGCUUGUCAAAGAGGGAGUUCAUAAUGGGAACUUCACAGUUAAUGGGAAUCUGGAGGGGAAGAAAAUCAGUGGCCGGCAUAAGGGUGAGAGCUUCUCUGUUUCAAAGAUCUGGCUUUGGUCCUCGAAAAACCGAUUCCCAGGUUCUUCGAAUGCUCAUACUGGUGUACCUCCUUUUAGAUUAAGUUCUCCAAUCAGAUGAAACAUGAGCUGUAUAAUUAGUGUAUGUUAUGUAUGACUGAAAAUUAAGCUUAGAAGUUAUGCCUUUUACUUUCUUUUUCAUUGUACAUACGGAUGCUUAAUUACUUGUAAGUUCAAUUUAGCAAGAGCUAUGUCCAGCAAUGUCCAGACCAGAUAAAGAAAAUGGGAAUUAUGAUCUAAAAACUAAACCCACAUAAGCGUUUCUUUUUGAAA